AUGACCACCCUCAACAUCACAAACCCCGACGAAUUCCUCGCCCAAUUCAACGAAGCCCUCAAUGCCGCGCCCUCGUCGCGCCUACGGCAUAUCAUCCGCGACAUAUGCAGGCUUCUCCCGGCUGCUCUCCCAAUCGUCUCUGAUUGCCUCCUUGUCAGCGAGGAGCAGGUCCCAGGGCCGGAUGACUCUGGCUCUGAGUCUGGAUCUGGGUCUGGUCCCGAAGUAAACGCAAACGUAGAAACAGCUCAACCAGCGUCAGCCGAGCCCAAGCCUAAGCCCGCAACACCUAAGUCGAAGAAGAGGGCUAGGGCCAGUGUCAGGCCGCGGUAUGCAGUGUGUGCAAACUGCGAGGUUGAGUACGACGUUACGAAGAACUCGCGGGGUAGUUGUUGUUUCCAUCCUGAGGAGGCUGUACAGGAUGAGGAGUACUGGAGUCGUAUUGAUCUCUGGGAGGAUGAGGAGAUUGACAAUGAGGAGCACCGGGAGGAUCAUCCAGAGGGGUUUAUCUAUAGGUGUUGUGGGAAGUACUAUGGGAAGGAAGGGUGUAAGGUUGGAUGGCAUGAGGAGGAGGCGAGGGAUCGGAAGAGGAAAAAGAUUCGAUCUGCUUUCACUGAAUUAGAGGUUGUGUAG